UUGGUGUCACGUGAUCAUUUCCCGGAAGCACAGCAGACCCACCCAACUCUAGCUGGGUUUGAGGAGAGGAGUUUCCAGAAUCAUGGCAAAAUCCGGGCUGGGGCUCGAUCUUGAGAGCGCAGCUGCAGUCACUGUGCUAAAGCGGGCGGUGCAGCUAGAUUCCGAGUCUCGGUACCAGCAGGCUUUGAUAUGUUACCAGGAGGGCAUUGACCUGCUCUUGCAGGUUCUAAAAGGCACCAAAGAUGAUGCAAAGAAAUGCAAUCUCAGAAAAAAAAUUUCGGGCUACAUGGAUAGAGCAGAAAACAUAAAGAAAUACUUGGAUCAAGAAAAAGAAGAUGGAAAAUAUCACAAGCAGAUUAAAAUAGAAGAGAAUGCCACAGGUUUCAGUUAUGAGUCACUUUUUCAAGAAUACCUUAAUGAAACAGUUACAGAAGUUUGGAUAGAAGAUCCUUAUAUUAGACAUACUCAUCAGCUGUAUAACUUUCUUCGAUUUUGUGAGCUGCUUAUUAAGAGACCAUGUAAAGUAAAAACUAUUCAUCUGCUCACCUCCCUGGAUGAAGGCUUUAGGAAACAGCAGCAAAUUAGUGGCCUGGAGGAAAUAAAAGAGUCACUUGGGAAUCAUGGAGUGCUGUUGGAAUUAGAAUACUCUUCUUCAAUACAUGACCGAGAAAUUAGGUUCAACAAUGGAUGGAUGAUUAAAAUUGGAAGGGGACUAGAUUACUUCAAGAAACCACAGGGUCAUUUUUCCCUCGGAUAUUGUGAUUUUGAUUUAAGACCAUGCCAUGAAACAACAGUGGACAUUUUUCAUAACAAGCACACAAAAAAAAUAUGAUGGACAGUAUAAUAGCUCAAUUUACAGUGUAUAUUUAUAUUUUAAGUGAAUAUUGGAAUUUUUUUACUUUGGACAGAUCAUUCCUAUAAUUGUGAAUUUAACAAUAAACUUGUACAUUUCUACUAA